CCUCCUCCAAUCGCCAUGGACCGCCGCGCCCGUGGUGUCUCCGCCCUCCUCCUCCUCCUCCUCCUGCCUCUCUCCUCCGCAUUGCCCCACCGCCCCCCCUCCAACUCCACCGCGGGGGGCGGCGGCGGCGGCCAGAUCAACUCCAACUCCGUCCUCGUGGCCCUCCUCGACUCCCGCUACACCGAACUCGCCGAGCUCGUCGAGAAGGCCCUCCUCCUCCAGACCCUCGAGGACGCCGUCGGCCGCCACAACCUCACCAUCUUCGCCCCCCGCAACGACGCCCUCGAGCGCGGCCUCGACCCCGAGUUCAAGCGCUUCCUCCUCGAGCCCCGCAACCUCAGGUCCCUCCAGUCCCUCCUCCUCUUCCACAUUGUCCCCCGCCGCAUCGGCUCCCACCAGUGGCCCGCCCCUGAUUCCGGCCCCGCCCCUCACCCCACCCUCGGCUCCGACCCCGUCCACCUCGCCGUCGCCAGGGGCUCCGGGCUGAAGGCCGUCGACACGGCGGAGGUCGUGCGCCCCGACGACGUCGUCAGGCCCGACGGCGUCAUCCACGGGAUCCAGCAGCUGCUGAUCCCCCGCGCCGUCCAGGAGGACUUCAACCGCCGGAGGAGCCUCCGUUCGAUCGCCGCCGUCCUGCCGGAGGGCGCGCCGGAGGUCGACCCGCGCACCCACCGCCUCAAGAAGCCCGCCCCGCCGGCCCCCGCGGGGUCCCCUCCGGCGCUUCCCAUCUACGACGCGAUGGCCCCCGGCCCGUCCCUAGCCCCCGCGCCGGCGCCGGGCCCCGGUGGCCCGCGCGGGCACUUCCACGGCGAGGCCCUGGUGAAGGACUUCAUCCACACGCUCCUCCACUACGGGGGCUACAACGAGAUGGCCGACAUCCUCGUCAACCUGACGUCGCUGGCGGUGGAGAUGGGGCGGCUAGUGUCGGAGGGGUACGUGCUGACCGUGCUGGCCCCGAACGACGAGGCCAUGGCGAAGCUGACCACCGACCAGCUGAGCGAGCCAGGCGCGCCCGAGCAGAUCGUGUACUACCACAUCAUCCCGGAGUACCAGACCGAGGAGAGUAUGUACAAUGCGGUGCGUCGGUUCGGGAAGGUGCGGUACGACACGCUGCGGCUGCCGCACAAAAUGGUGGCCCAGGAGGCCGACGGGUCAGUGAAGUUCGGCCAAGGGGACGGGUCGGCGUACCUGUUCGACCCUGACAUUUACACGGACGGGAGGAUCUCGGUGCAGGGGAUCGAUGGGGUUCUGUUCCCACCCGAGGAGACGGCGCCGGCGAGUACGACAGCGGCGGAGAAGAAAGUGGUCAAGGUUGUUGCCAAGCCCAGGAGAGGGAAGUUGAUGGAAGUAGCAUGCAGUAUGCUUGGAGCUUUUGGGCAACAUUCUCAUUUUUCCUCAUGUCAAUAAAACAAUAAAAUAAAUAAAUUUCUUUCUUCCUUCAAUUAAACUCUUCACGGAGGCAAGGCAAAAGCAUGUAUAUGGAGCAAGGAUCAGGAUGACUCUGGUACAGUGGGAUCCAUAGAUGAGGCUGGGACAUAAAUGGGGUUCAGGGAUUUUCUCAAAACCAUAAAAAUAGAAGAUGAUGAUGUUCUCAAUCUUUCAUUUACUGGAAAUUUAAUACUGUAAUUACCAAAAUCGAUUUUUUUUUUGUAUAAUUAUUCUUGUGUUGUCACACUGCCGCUGCAAAUCCAUGGGCACCAUUCUUGUAAGACUGCGUGUUGCUUUGUAUCUAAGUGGUGGUUCUUUUUUGCCUGUCAAUUAAA